AGUGGUCCAGACGAGCAGACGGCAAAGAUUUUGUUUUCAGUCGCUGGUCGACGAACAUAUGAGGUGAGGAGACAAGUCCUUUGAAAAACACGCUUUCAUCGCGCACCAGAUUUAACAAUUAUCUUCUCCACUUUUCGGACAUGUUUCUUGUGCGAUUCAUCUGCACUGCCUUGAUCUUACCAUGUGCCUGGGCACAAAACAGCAUGCCGAGUGUGGUUGUGGAGGCGAGGAACCUUACUGUUCCUGCAGGGUCAGAUGUUGUUCUGCCGUGUCAUAACCAGCGGAUGGUUUGGAGGCAGGAUCGCCUGCGGGACCGCCAGCGCGUCGUGCACUGGGACCUGAUCCGGAACCAACCCGAUUACACUGUGGAGCGCAUUUUAGAUAUGUUCUCAGGGGGGACAGAGCGCUUGUACAAUGACUACAACAGGGGCCGAAUUACUAUUUCAAAAGAUGCCUUCAGCGAUGGAAACUUCUCACUAGUUAUCAAUAAUGUGGAUGUGAAUGAUAAAGGUAUCUAUACCUGCAACCUUCAUCACCACUAUUGCAAAGUCCACCAGUCCAUUCAAAUCCAGCUCAACAUCACUAAAUCACCUCGAAAGGAAAAGCGUGUCUGGGAGGGCAAUAAAUCCGUGUUUGUGGUUUUGGUGGGGAAGAGUGUGGUGCUUCCCUGUGUGAACCGCAGACAAUUGUGGACGGACAGUCAGAGGGACGAGGGCCAGCAGCAGGUGGUCCACUGGGACUGGCAGGCUCCUGGAGUCACCCGUGACCGAGCAGACCGUCUCGUCGACAUGUACGCCUCCGGAGAGAACCGGCAGUACGGGCCGCUCUUUCUCCGGAAUAAGAUGAACAUCUCAACAGAUGCCUUCUCCAUUGGAGAUUUCUCCCUGAGCGUCCAUAACAUUCAGCCCUCUGAUAAAGGCCUGUAUUCCUGCCACCUUCACCAUCACUACUGUGGCCUACACGAAAGACGAAUCUUCAGGGUGAUCGUCGGACCUUCUGUCCAGCCCUUGCCUCCAGCGCGCUCCUCUACUGAAGCACCGAAAACUCCUUCUCUUCCUGUCCUGCCUGCUGAUAACCCAAAUACAAACAUGGUGGAAGCACCUCACGUACUCAAUGUAAUCCUGCCUGAGAACCAAACUCAUCUCCUGCACCAAGUGGGCUACAUCCUGGCAAUCUUCCUGCUGCUUCUCUUAAUGCUCAUUGGCAUCAUCAUGAUCACGAGGCACUGCAGAAAGAAAGGGCUUGAAUUUGAGGUUCGAAGGUCUGAGCGUGGUCGCAGGACAUCCAUUGAGCUCGAUGCCACAGAACUGCAACCCUAUAAUCAGGAAGACUUGCGACUGGACUACAAGAACAACAUAAUGAAAGAAAGGGCAGAGGCAAACAACUAUCCCUCUCUAAAAGUUACUGAUCUUGACAGAGAAAUGGAGAGAAUGCCAUGGAAGUGAUUCAUAUUGAGCUGCUGGCUGGUCCAGAGUGUACUGAUUGAGAAGAGAUUCAACAAUUUUACAUUUACAUUGAGAACAGGAAAGGAAUUACUGUCUUUCUACAGCAUAAUUAAUGCUUACGUGAUCUUAUAAUACUCAAUUUCUGUUGAUAUUGGUAAGUCAAUUUAAGUGAAAUCACUUUUUUAAUCAUUACCGCAGUGUACCAUAAUGGUUUUUAUGAAUUCAGCAUUUGGUGGUACUCUAAAAAACUUCUGUGUGGUAGAACCCACUGUAAGUGUCUGAAUCUGAAUGGAAAUUAAUUAUAAAACUCAGGAAGCAAACAAAUAGCUGUGGCUUCAGGUCUAAAUAGUCAAAGAUGGUACACAAGUGAACCUCAAAGGCAAAAUGUACUGUUUGUGCUAUUCUGUAUCUAUGUGUUAUGUUUCUUAGUCAUUUUGAGUCCUCUUGACCAGGACUUUUUUGGUCCAUUGUCUUUUCAUUCUGUUUCACAGCAUUAUGUAGAGGGCACAAUUGCAGUUUAUUUGCAUUUGCAGUAUGAGCAUUUUUCAGUUGUCCUAAUUUUUCCAGCUAUUUCCUUGGUCAGUAAUUCUCAUUAACAUACAGUAGGUUAUGAAGCAUUUAUGCAGUCGUUUUUAUUUGAUCUGGAGUGUACAUUUAUCUUUAAAGUUUGUAUAGAGGACCAAUGUACAAAUACAAUAAAGUUUAUUCUGAAAUA